CGCCAGCCAGCCAGCCCAGCAUUCUUCUCCUUUGUUUUUCCAGCACUUGCCAGUGGUUACAAGCAAGCGGCACUGGUUGCAACCCAUCCACACGCACCACGCACCGCAACCGGUGGAUCGUGCGCAUUCCUUCCCCUUCUCCCUCUUUUGCACCCCCACGUGCAUGAGAGGGGCUCAUUUACCCCACCACCCUUCCAAAGAGAAGCUCGCUGUGUGUGCCCACAGUCGCCAAGCCAAGCAACGCCCACUGCUUGCUUCACACGCGCGAGCGUGCUGAACCUGCUGUUGGAGUGUGUGUGCGGCGGCGACGGCGGUGGCCACCUGUCUUGUUUGAGCAACUCCCCCUGUUCUUUCCUUCCUUUCGAUCGAAACAGGGCCAAACUCUCUCAAACCUCGACGGUUCUCAGCGAAACACAGCAUCCCCUUAGAUCAGGGCACCAGCAGAGCUACCUCUUCUAACCCUCUCUCAUCACCGAGCCACUCUCACCCACCAUCACCUUUCCCCCUUUACACCAAUUUUCAGGUUGCACAACACACCCACAUUGCACCAACACCCACACCACUGGUCACACAUCUCCUUUAUCACACGUUGCACAAGCACCAACCACGACCAUUGCUUCUUGCGACCUGCUUGCAUCAUCGCAUCCCACCCGACACGACGAAUUUUUCCUCGCUCCUGUCCGGAUCGGAACAACAGACAGCAACAAAGGACCAAGUUCAUCAAGUUCAUCAGCAGCAGCACCCCAGGCUCGUCCAAACAAGUUUCUUUGAUCACAUCAACGCAUCACUCCUUUCCCGUGGGCAGCCAGUUGGUUAAUUCGCGGCAGUCUCAUUUCCCUCGACGCAACAGCAGCCCACACCCACCAGCCAUGACGCUUCAGGAAGAUACCCUGACCAACCGCAUCUCCGCCGUGAACUCGCCGGCGUCGUUUGUUACAGGUCCACUGGACCCAGCACCCAAGCCCCACCACAACACAACCGUCACUGCCUCAACAACAGCAACACAGCAGCAAAAGACACAACAACAACAGCGGCCGCUAUGGACGCCUCACGCAUACUUCACACAGCGCGCCAUCUCUGUUGACGACCGCGACCGCGCCUGCGCCGCCAUGCAGCGCAUCUGCAGCGCCCUCAGCCUCCCUCCCGCCGUCUCGGGCACCAGCUGCCUCCUGUUCGACCUGGUGCUCUCCAGCAUCGAAGUCAAGGCGCAGCUCGUGCGCAUCGUCUCCGUGGCCUGUGUGCGGCUGGCCGCCACCAUGGAGCUCGGCGAGGACGCCCUCAGCGACGACGCACUGCUCCGUGCUGCUGCAGCCAAGUUCUCGUCAAAGGACCUACAGCGCAUGGCGCGUCUCCUCACAUCCAAGCUCCCUCCGCGGGCACAGCUUCCCCUCACAGCACACCACCUCAUUGGCGAUCUCGUGGCCGUCCUCGACCUCACCUCCUGCCUGAAGCCCCUGCGACAGCGCCGCCGCCGCAGCAAGCUCCAGCCACCGGGCGUGUCGGUUCUCCCCGCCAUCCCGGAGGACGACGUGGUCGUGGACUUUGGUGCAGACACAGACUGCACCGCUAGCACCAGCGCCCUCGCCUCGCUGCACCACCAGGCGCAACAAGAAACCGAACAACAGCAACAGGCACAAGUUGUCGUUGACGUGGAAGCCCACCGCCAGCGUGUACUGGACAUGGCCAUGGCAAAGGCAGCCACGUACGGCCUGGCGUACAGCAACGUGUCCACGUGCUCCAUCAUUGCGUAUGCGGUUGGCUGUGUUGCCAGCGCCCUGCACACGGAGUUUGGCCUCCGCGCACACGCCGUUGUCACUGCGCUUGAGACAGCCUCCAACGUCUCCAGCGAGGAGCUCAAGCAGGCCUCGUGGCUGCGCUGCCUCACAGAGGGCCAACAGUCGUCCACAGCCACUGCGCCGCCGUCAUCGCCGUCGCCUCAGCAGACUGCACCCCCUCAGUCGCCAACAGCGGUGGUACCGCGCUCUCCCGUGUCGCCGCCAUCAUCUGCAGCGCCAUCCCAGCACCAGCGGCCACCAUCGCGUCUGUCGCCGUCCAGGCUGCUGUGCCGUCCAUCCAACCCGACAACGUCGUCGUCGUCGUCGUCGUCACAGUCGUUGCCUUGUGCACCGUGCUCGCCGUCGUCAUCGCCUCCGCUGCGUCACAGGAGGGCGCAGCUUGGACACAGAGGCUCAUUUCGAAAAGUAUGAUAUGAUGGCUUCAACCUCAAGUUUUCCCUCUCCCGUCACCUGUUACCGGUGUUCACGUCCCUUUAUCUCUCCGUGACUGUGACAAAACUGUCGACUUCCUUGUUCUGUGUGGAGUCCUUUACAUUGCAACGAACCAUGUCUUGUACGUGCUCGUUGUCCUUCCUUUUAUUGAUAUCUGUACGGUGUUAACGUCUCAUUUUCUCCCUCUUUAACCCCAACACGGUGCACGCUGCUUCUUGUUGUAGCUGUGAGCGAUUGCGCCUUAUUUGCCACGUGUGUGUAUGCGUACGUGUUUUAUCUUCUUGUGUGUGUCGUCGCGUGAUGUGCGCGUGCGCGUGCGGUUGUUUGCUCUUGCGCUGCCUUGUUCUUGUCAGCAGCGGCAGGUGUUCAACGGGCGUUCACGCGUCACCCGUGAUUACCACUUCGUCAUGCCAUGCAUGUAUUGUGUGUUUCUCAGUCGAGUGUGUGCUCCCUGUGUUGUGAUUGAUGAAUUGUAGGGAGGAGUUGAUGGUGUGCUUGUGUGCUUUGCACUUGAAUGGAUGUCAGUGUUGCACCUCCAUCAGCGCCCUGUCCCUGUGCUUCUUGUCACUCGCACUGUUUUGCGCCACUCUUGGACACAUAUAUUAUCCCCAAGCUGUGACGAGCGCCAUCAUGAGCGUGCUCUGAGCAGGGAACCCAGCAAAUAAAUGAAACCAUCUGCCA